GAUAGUAAAUGAAUUCCUUGUGAUCUCUCAACGACGUCGUGUCGACAACGAUCUCUUACUCCCACUCCUAGUCGUGCUUGCGGAAACGCUAUCAGUCCUUCUAGGGUUUUUUCUUUUGACAGAAAGAGCUCGGAACCUGAGAGGUGUAAUGGUGCGGUGGUUUCCGUAAAGAGCACCAUAACAACGAUAAAUGGAAAACUCAGACUCUGACGAGCCAGAGAAGAAGAGGCCUCAUUUAAACUCACUUUCGCCCACCAUGGCUCGUAGCUCCACCACUUCUCCACCCAAUAACCAUAGCGUCGAUGCAGCAGUUCUCCAGUACCAGAACCAGAGACUUCUUCAGCAAAUAGACAAACAGAAGCAUGAUUUGCAGGAUCUUGAAGCCAAAAUUAAGGAACUAAAGGAUAAGCAAGGUUCUUAUGAUGAAAUGCUAAUCACAGUGAAUCAAAUAUGGAAUCAGUUGGUUGAUGAUUUAAUUCUUCUUGGACUAUGUGCUGGAGGAAGCCAAAAUGCUUUACAAAUUUUAGAUGGCGCUGAUUAUUCUCGUGGUUCAAUUCCAUCAUGUUCUGCGGAGGAGAUGUUUCUUUGUAGACUCCUACAGAGAGAUUCUAUAGAAGCUAAUGGCAAUGAUGAAAUUGCUAAAUAUGUUGAAGAAGCUCUCACUUUGCGUCAUACGUCUACUAGGGAGUUGUUAAAACUCUUGGAACAUACCAUUUAUUCUCAUAGGGAAAAAACAGAGAGCAUGGUCCACACUUUGGAUGGGAAGAUAUCUUCUGAAGAUGCUAUCAUCAAGUUACCUAAGAUUGAUGAUAUGAUGGAGAGGGAGGUUAAAAAUCUGCGGGAAGCGAUUGAUAUUCUUCACGUGAAGCAGAAAGAGUAUGCUGAUGUAAUUCAGACUUACCUUAGCAGCCAGUCAACAGAUCAGUCUGAAAUUAGCCGCAUUACAGGUGAGCUGGAUGACAGCAUGACUGAACUAGAGGAGAGUAGGAGGAAACUAGUGAAUCUGAAAAUGCAAAAGGAUGUCGCAUCUGGGAUGCAUAACCUUACUUCUGGUGCAGUGAAUGGAACCCUAUCACCUGAAAAAUCAACAGAAAGGACAAUAAGCUUGCGGGAACUAAGAAAUUCAAUCGAGGAAACAAAGAUACUAGCAGCUGACCGCCUUUCUGAGUAUCAAGAGGCACAUGAAGAAAAUUUAACGCUGUCAAAACAAUUGCAAGAAUUUCAGAAUGAAUUGAAGGAUGACAAAUUUGUACAUUCAUCGAGACUUUAUACUAUGCGAAAUGAUCAACUCCAACAUUGGAAUGUUGAAGUGGACCGAUACAAAGCAUUGACUGAUUCUUUGCAGGCUGAUAGGGCUCUUGUUGUGAGAAGGGAGAAGGACCUAAAUGUCAAAGUAGAGUCGGCAGAUGCAAUUAGGAAUUCAAUUGGCAAUACUGAUUCUAGGAUUGAAGAACUAGAACUUCAGCUGCAGAAGUGUAUAAUUGAAAAAAAUGACUUUGAGAUAAACAUGGAAGAAGCAGUACAGGAUUCAGGAAGAAAGGACAUUAUAGCCGAGUUUCGUGUGAUGGCCUCAUCUUUGUCAAAAGAAAUGGGAAUGAUGGAAGCUCAGUUGAAGUGGUGGAAGGAAACAGCUCAUGAAACACUGUCUUUACGUGACAAAGCCCAAUCAUUAAAAGCUUCAUUAAUUACAAAGACACAUGAGCAAAAGAGCUUAGCAGAUAAAUGUGCUGAACAGUUGAUAGAGAUAAAGUCUCUUAAGCCAUUGAUUGAGAAGUUGCAGAAAGAAAAACUGGAACUGCAGAUCUUCUUAGACUUGUAUGCACAGGAAAGCUAUGAAAACAGAGACUUGAUGGAAAUCAAAGAAUCAGAACGCAGAGCGUUCUCACAAGCUGAAAUGUUCAAAAAUGCAAUAGAUGAACAUAGUCUAGAGUUGAGGGUGAAAGCAGCCAAUGAAGCUGAAGCUGCUUGUCAGCAAAGGCUUUCUGCUACCGAAGCUGAGAUAACUGAAUUAAGGGGCAAACUUGAUGCAUCUGAGAGGGAUGUUCUGGAGCUUACAGAGGCUAUUAGAAUUAAAGACAAGGAGGCAGAGGCUUAUAUAUCUGAAAUUGAGACCAUUGGUCAGGCAUAUGAAGAUAUGCAGACACAAAACCAGCAUCUGUUGCAGCAGGUGACUGAGAGGGAUGACUAUAAUAUCAAGCUCGUUUCUGAGAGUGUGAAGACAAAGCAAUCACAGAGCUUUCUACUCUCUGAUAAGCAGGCAUUGGUGAAACAACUUCAACAAGUAAACACAUCAGUAGAAUCUUUAAAAAUGAGAAUUUCCCAUGGUGAAGAGCAGAUGAAGGCUCUCCUGACAGAAGCCACAAAAACUACUGAGGAAGACAGACACCUUGCAGUCAAUGUGGAAACUGCUAAGUGGGAAUUGGCUGAUGCUGAGAAGGAGUUGCAGUGGCUGAAAUCUGCUGUUUCCUCUUCUGAGAAGGAACAUGCUCAUAUUCAAAAGGAUAUCAAUGAUAUCGAAUUGGAAUUACACAUUGAGAGAAGCUCUAGGAAGAAUCUUGAGGAAGAGCUCAGGGAAUUGAACAGCAUGGUUGCUGAGAUGAGUUCUGAAACUGGAGAGGCUGCAAUACAGAAACUCCAAUCUGAAAUUAAAUUUUGCAAGAAUAUUUUGCAGUGCAGUGUUUGUACUGAUAGGCCAAAGGAGGUGGUAAUUGUGAAAUGCUAUCAUCUAUUUUGCAAUUAUUGCGUACAAAAAAAUCUAGAGAUUCGUCAUCGAAAAUGCCCUGCCUGUGGAACUCCAUUUGGCCAAAAUGACAUACGGUUUGUGAAGAUAUGAAAAAUAUUUGUGAUCCCUCUCACCCUUUUUUGAUUACUAAGCAUCUUGCAGUAAAUAGAAUAGAUUAUAGUUUUUCAUCUUCUUGUCACAGUAGCCCAAUAUAGGAACUGUGACUUUGUAUAGCUUUGGAGGCAAUAGUUUUGUUCCCUCUGUUCUGUAAAUGAGUGUUUAAAAAAAAUAUUUAUCAUUAUUAUUUUUUAAAACUGAUGGUAGCUCCAUUGAUGGAUGACCAUAUAAGAUAGGAUUUCUGAUUUAUCCAUUAGAGUCAAGGAUAAGCAUCAACAGCUUU